CCAAGUUUUCGAAGACAACGUCUCUUUGCAGGUGACAUCUUAAACGGCCAGCGGCUGAUCGAGUUCCGCCUGGGCCAGGAGGAGCGAGACGGCGACAGUCUCUCUGUCGCGUCCGCCGAGCUGCUGGUGCUGGCUGAAGCCGGCCCGCGAGCUCAGUACACGCUGUGGGCGUUCACCGUGAGCGGGAACGGCAGUGUGGGCGAGCUGGCGGGCGUGGCGCGGCUCAAGGGCGGCUGGCAGCGGCUGGAUGUCACGGCAGCUGCCAGGCGCUGGGCGGCGAAGGGCGCGCACCAGCCGCUCAGGCUACUGCUUGAUUGCACUGGUGGCUGCACGGGCCGCGUGCGGCUGCGGCUGGGCGGCGGUCAAGCAGCGCGGCCGCUACUCCGCCUCCGCCUGUCGCCGCCACCGCCACGCCGCCGCCGAGCGCUCGACUGCGACGCCAACUCGCACGGCCGCUGUUGCCGGCAGACCUACUACGUGAGCUUCCGAGCGCUCGGCUGGGACGACUGGAUAGUCGCGCCGGAGGGCUACUACGCGAACUAUUGCCGCGGUGCUUGUGCACCCUUCCUUAAUUACCACUCGCAGGUGGUGGAGGCGGCGCGGCUGGAGCGUGCGGCGUGCUGCGCGCCGGUGCGCUUCUCCGCGCUGUCACUCAUCUACUUCGGCGCAGACUCCAACAUCGUCAAGCGCGACCUCCCCGAGAUGGUCGUGGAGGAGUGCGACUGCCCGUAGCCACCAACACUAUGGUGUAACUGUGUGUGUUGGCGUGUGUACAUAGUAGCGUCGCCACCGCCCGCUCCCGCACCCGCGCCCGCGACCGCGCCCGCUCGCGCUUUUGCCGCUCUCGACUCAGAUUAUCCGAUUCGAUUAUAAAUAAUAUUCUCGACAUGUGUAAUAUUUUGUUCCUCGCGUUCGAAAGACUAUAUCCUAAACGAAUAAAAAUUAAUGGUCGUCUACUCGCGAAUCGCUGGAUACAUCGUGGGUGAUAUACUGAGAAAAUCUAUAAUAACAUCCUCCUUGGAAGACCAAAGAUGUAUCUAACCUAUAGCAAUUAUAAAAGGAUAGACCUUUGUAUUAAUUACCAAGCGAUAUAUUAUUAUAGAUUCUCUGAGUAAAAGUCCUUGCGUUUGCACGUUACGCUUCUCUAUCAUGUUACAUAGCUUCCGUAUACAAAUACCUACCGUUAAGUCAAAUAGGCUUUCUGCGUGCAACCGCAUCGGCGACGCGAUGCGCUGCGCCACGACGCGAUGUGCUGCGCCGCGACGCGACGCGCCGCGCGCCCGCGACGUGCCGAGCGCGUGUGUAGACGCCCUGAAUAAUUUAAUACGCCGUUUUCUUUCACCGUUUUGGUGAUCGCUUGUAAUUAUUGUAAACUGUAUUAUAAUAAUUAUUAUAAUUAUAAUAAUAAAUCAACUUUUUCAUAAUUAUUA